GUCCUAAGUCCCAAGUCCCAAGGGGAUACCGUAUUGGAGCAUUUGGACGGACAUUCUUGGAAAUAUUUGUGAAAAUUCCUGAAACCUUUCUGAGAUUCCAUCGCUAUGCCUCCCAAACGUAAAACGGAUGACGAUGCAAAUGCUGUUGGCAACAAGAAGAUAAAGAAAGAAAAUGGUGGGAAAGUUUCCUCAAAAGAAUGGGAAUUUGGUUACGGCAAGAAUAAAUGGAAACCGUAUGAUCCAACCCAGAACAGAGAGCUGUCUGAAGCUUUUAGUUCUGCUGGAAAAACUCAUGAUAUAAAAAUGCCACGGGCAGAGUUUUCAGUCAUAUUUGAUCGAAUGGUACAGCGAAACAAGAAGACAGGAUGGGAGGUUCCAGUGAGAUGUAAACUCAGUGAUCCAACAGAGGAUGAAAAAUUCAUAUGGCAGUGGAAAACUGGCACAAAUGUAUGGACCAAUUUUUCAGCUGGUGCAUGUCGGAAUCUUGAUGCAGCUGUGCAACUUGAAGUGAAAACAGCAUCAUUUGAAGAUGACAAGAACCAGUAUAGUGUGAACAUGGUUACAAAGGAAUUGGUUAAUAAUACAAGCAAAGAAAAAGGCACUGCAAGACAUAUCACUAAAGAAGAAGCUGAACAAGAAGCAAAGACUCAAGCUGCAACACCAGCACCUCCAAAGGCAAAGACGGAAACAAAGAAAUCAAAAUCAUCUAAAGCAAAGGCCACUGCCACUGUUAAUGGAGACAAGAAAGAAGCUAUCAAAUCUGUUGUUUUCAAAGGAAAGUCGCCGGUUGAUGAUGCUUGUCCUAUUAAGAACCAGGUUGAAGUUUUUUGUGAAGGAGAUUUAAUUUGGGAUGCAAUGUUAAAUCAGACUAAUCUGAAAAACAACAACAACAAGUAUUAUUUACUACAAUUGUUGAAAGACACUUCAACAAACCGAUACCAUGUUUGGUUCAGAUGGGGUCAAGUUGGCUUUGCUGGGCAGAACAGUCUGUUUUCAUAUGGUGGAGACCUUGAGGAAGCGAAAGAUGUUUUCAUGAAAAAGUUUAGUGACAAAACAAAAAACCACUGGGAAGAGAAAGAUUGUUUUGAAAAAGUUCCAGGCAAAUACGACCUCAUUAUCGUUGAUUACAAUGCUGAGGAUAAAGAAGAAACUGAUGCUCCUCCUCCUGGUCCUGCCAAACCUAAAGUCGAAAGCAAACUUGACACGCGUUUGCAGGCGCUCAUCGAACUGAUAUGUAACAUCAAAAAUAUGGAAGAAGCCGUCAAGGAAAUGAAAUACGACACAAAUAAAGCUCCUUUGGGAAAGUUGACAAAGGAUCAGAUAAAAGCUGGAUACGAAGCAUUGAAAAUGAUCGAUCAGUGCAUUGCAAGAAAUGAUUUUGGAUCAAAACUAACUGCAGCAUGUGAUGCAUUUUAUACCAGAAUUCCACAUUGCUUUGGAAUGCGCCAACCGCCGCUCAUUCGCACGAAAGAUGAAGUAAAGUUAAAAAUUGAUCUUCUUGAGACUUUAGGCGAUAUUGAAAUUGCUAUGAAAGUUCUUAAGGAAGAGCUGGAUGAGAAUCCUAUCGAUAGUCACUACAAGGCUCUGAAAUGCGGUCUGGAUCCUAUCGAUAAUACCAGCGAUGACUUCAAGAUGAUAGAGACCUAUGUGAAAAACACACACGCGAAGACGCACAGCCACUAUUCCAUGACCGUCGAAGAUGUUUUCGAGAUCGACCAUCCAUCUAAUGAAAAAUUUGUUGAUCAUGGCAAUAGGAAACUACUCUGGCAUGGAUCGCGUCUUACAAAUUGGGUUGGUAUCUUGACUCAAGGACUAAGAAUUGCUCCACCAGAAGCGCCAGUCACUGGCUAUAUGUUUGGGAAGGGAGUUUACUUUGCCGACAUGUGUUCAAAAAGUGCAAAUUAUUGUUACACAAACCGAAGACAGAACACGGGACUCCUUGUCUUAAGUGAAGUUUCAUUGGGUAAAACCAACGACUUGCUCAGUGCUGACUAUGACGCAGCCAAGCUCCCGAAAGGAUGCCAGAGUGUUAAAGGAUGUGGAAGCACAGCUCCUGAUCCGAAAGACGACUUUGAAAUGGAUGAUGGAACAGUAGUACCACUAGGGGAAGGGAUUGAGACGAAUGUGAAUAAUCCUAACGGUUACACACUCAAUUACAAUGAGUUUAUCGUGUACGACACAAAACAGAUCAAAUUGAGAUACCUUGUCAAAUGCAAGUUCAACUAUAAGUGAAGGUCAAGACAACACCAUUAAAAAGGACGAAAGAACAUCUUAGUUUGAGUGAUAGCUGAAUUAUAUAAUAAAUCGUUUAUAGCAAAUAGUUUUGUUAAGAUUGGGACACAUAUCUUCGUUAAUUGUAAAUUACACUCAUGUGAAAAACGUGA